AAAUAUUCAGCUACAUCAAUCUUCCAUGGGUCCUAAUAUACAAGAUGCUAGUAAAAAUUUUACAGGACAGAGCGAAAAUGAUAUUAGUGUUCCCCUUUUGGAAAUCUGCAUCAUAGUACCCAACUCUGGUGAAGAUCAUCAAAUCAAGACCAAUACAGAUUCCGAGUUGGGCAAUUCUUCCAGGUUAACAGUUACAUAUAUAUCCAAUUCGCAACCUCAAAUGGAAAGUUUACAUAGCACUUGUCUUAGGGAAUCUUUUCAGGAACAGGAAUAUUUAAAACAAGUGUUUGAACUGGCUUCAAAAGCUCUUGAUCCUAUAGCAUUGUCUACUGUAUCAUCUAACAUUUGUAUAUGA